CCUAGGAGCCAAGCAUGUUUCUGUAGGCUUCAGCUCAGCCAAUCAGACAAUAGGCUGAGGAAGGGAGGCUUCUCUCAAGUUACACAGAGGACUCCAUCUGUUACCCUAGACCUUUCUUAGCAAGUGAUGCGAGAGGGGAUCUUGAAGGCACUUUGAAAGAGUUUUUGUUCUACAAAUUCUUAACCCAAAGAUUUCUAUUGGAAGAGAAGCCGGAGAAGAGGAGCAAAGCCCAUGGUGGGUGAGGAAGGACAGUUAGUGAACUGGCAUUCUGCCUGGUGGAGCCGCCGUGAGGAGGGACAUUUGCUUUUCCAGCUAGUCCCUUUAGCUCUUGUCAUAAAUGCGGAAGGGGCAGUUCCUUCUUGAUGCUUACAAAGCUCUUGGCUUUGAAUUGCAUCCUCACCAAAGCCAUUUCUCGUCAUGCCGAACCAGCAGAAGAAAAUCAUCUUUUGUAUGGCCGGUGUGUUGAGCUUCCUCUGUGCUCUCGGAGUCGUGACAGCAGUGGGGACCCCACUGUGGAUUAAAGCCACUAUCCUCUGCAAAACGGGGGCUCUGCUUGUCAACGCCACAGGGGAGGAGCUGACCAAGUUCAUGGGCGAGAUGCAAUAUGGGCUUUUCCACGGAGAAGGCGUAAGGCAAUGUGGGUUAGGAGCAAGGCCUUUCCGGUUCUCAUUCUUCCCAGAUUUGCUCCAAGCCAUCCCCGUGAGCAUCCACGUCAAUAUCAUUCUAUUCUCCAUGAUUCUGGUCGUCUUAACCAUGGUGGGGACAGCCUUCUUCAUGUACAAUGCUUUUGGCAAGCCCUUUGAAACGCUGCAUGGCCCAUUAGGGCUCUAUCUCGUGAGUUUUAUUUCAGGCUCCUGUGGCUGUCUUGUCAUGAUAUUGUUUGCCUCUGAAGUGAAAAUCCACCGCCUGUCGGAAAACAUUGCAAACUUUAAAGAAGGGACCUAUGCCUACAAGACGCAAAAUGAAAACUAUACCACCUCAUUCUGGGUGGUCUUCAUUUGCUUUUUUGUUCACUUUUUGAAUGGGCUCCUGAUACGGCUUGCUGGAUUUCAGUUCCCGUUUGCAAAAUCUAAAGACACGGAGACUACUAAUGUGUCUGCAGACUUAAUGUACUGAAAAGUAAAUAUCUCCAUAAUUCCUCAAUAAGGGAAUGGGUUCGCUUUGGCCACGUUUCAGUAUGGUUAAUUUCAUCGGUGCGUUUAGACUUCUUAAGCACCAAGCCCCCUGUCCUCUUCAGUUAAUGUUUACAGGCUAUGUAGUAGAGAUUCCGGCUAGAAAAUAACAGAGGCAGAGGGUGGCUUUGGAAAGUUGCUUUGCCUGGUGGUUAACUGCUAGCACAGUUAGUCCACAGCAGCUGGAUAGAUGGACAGAUGUUUCCUCCAUUUACUCGCCGAAGGGUGAGAUGCAUGGCCUACCAAGGAGAACGCCGCAGGCUCUCGGAAUAUAUUUUAAUAAAGCAGAUGUUAUUUCUAGUCUCCA